CAGCCUUCGACUCGACCUUUCAUUUGCUCUCUCUCAUGCAUCAGGUCCUGUCCCGUGUUGGCUCGUCUGAUUCAGUGGCUCUUACUUAACCUCGUUGACAACUCAUCCCCUUCCUGCUGCACAUGCCUGCGGCACCCCGUCCGGCCAACUGCCAACUGACAACCUGCCAGCAAAUGUAUCGGCUGCGGCUGCACUCUUGAACUGCCGCAAACCAAACCAGGCAUCAUCUUGUCACCUCUCGAGUCUUCCAGGUUAAUCUCUCUCUGGCUUCCAUCGAGUCUGGAUCCGCCUCAUCUCUUCAAGCAUGCUCAUUCGAUUUCCCACUGCCCUCUCCCUGAAUCCGCUAGCCUGUGUUGCGACCGAGGUUCAUCACGACCCGGAGCGCCGCUGCUAACAGCCUCUCCCGUGAUCCGUGUCCUCUAGCCUACCGUCCCUCCGAUCUACUAUCCCGUCAUGCCUAAACAACCCUCGAAGUCGGGCAAGAGGCUGAAGCGAGACGACGAUAAUGACUCUGACGACAGCGAUGAAGAUCUUCAGCCCAUACACUUUUUUGUUCCCGGCGAAAACAUCAACGCCGCAGUUCUGGUCGAUUACAUUACACGAUGGGUCGAUCGCACGGCAAAGAUAACGUCGGCCCAACAUCCCACGGAUAAAACACGAACGGGCUUCAACAUCCUAGCGAAAAGAGCGCUCAAUGCCGUUAGCAUUCGCGAUCUCAUCAAUGAUUCUAGAGACUGGGACUUGGAAACACAAAGCAGAGAAUAUAGAAAAGAUCCGUACGAUUAUAGAGAAUCGGAUACCGCCAGGCGUCGGGCGAAAAAGGGACCGUCAGAAGGCGGCACAAACCGACCUCAGCAACCCCGGGUCAAGCGAGAUGCGGCGAAUGAGCCUGCUGACACUGGGCGGCAGGAGAGAGCUACAAUGACAUCGAACAUGCCCGGUAGCCCUCCCCAACCUGGGUACCAUCAACCUCAGCCUCAGUACGCAUACGCUUCCCAUUCUCAGCCGCACAACAUCCAACCGAAUCCCAGUCCAUACUAUCAAGGUCAAGCAAGACCCGAUCAACCCUCCCCCAGUUUCAACAUCACCGUGAACACGGCAACGUUUGCGCCGAGACCGGGGCAACCUGGUCAGUACCUGACGAGCGGAUAUCAAACAGCGGGAUAUGCACACAUUGGACAGCAUGAAUCCGAUCCUCCGCCAGCUUACCAGCAGUCCACGAUAAGUCGAGGCCCCUCAGGUCCUCAACCCCCAUCACAACCCGGCCCCGACACCUUCGACGCGGACAAGGCGGUGACAAGUCGACAUUUCCCAGCACAAGCAACGCGACAAGGCUCAACAGACUCCAAAGAGGACUUUCCUCGGUCACAUAGUGCUCAAGAUCGUCGGCCCUCAACGAUCGACCAGUCGGGGCGGAGAUCUGGUCGUUAGGUUGGAUGAUGGCACUGGAGGCGGUUUGCUUAUCCCAUAGACUCGUUACUGCUAGGGACCAAGGACAACGAGAACUCAAAGCAGUCUCGCCUGCUGUCCCGACCAAAGGCGGCAGAAAGGCUUCAGCCACAGCCACUCGGCGGCAAAUGCCAUCAACAGGGAACCCAGUGUCUCAUGGACCUUCGUCAUGCUGGCAGCCUUUCAAGGGGGAGUCUUACCCCUUAUCACCGUUACCAUUGACCGAUCUGGAUCGACCGAUGUAUCCCUUUUUUUUUUUUCUCUCUUU